AUGAAGUACCUGUAUCCCUUUGAGUGUGAGAGGAAAGGUCUGAGUUCUCCAGGCGAGCUUCAGGCGGCCAUCGACAGUAACCGCCGGGAGGGACGUCGCCCCAGCUACAGCAGCAGCCUCUUCCGCUUCUCCCCAAGCACAGCCCCUCACAUCCUCUCCCCUCCCAAGAUGCACCUGUCUGCACUGGGGGCCGCUGGGAGCCUCAACGGCCUGCUGGCCUCACCCGUCCACUCUCUCAAAAAAGGUGAGUAUUAAAGGAUAAACAACUUCUCAAUAAAAGACUGGAAAUAAAGGGUUAAUUAUAUAAUUAGAAAUGUAUUAAUACAAAUAAAUACUGGAAUUAGCCUAAACACACAGUAGGCAUCCUGGCAAAAGGAAAAGAAAGAGCAUGCUCUCUAUUGGGUUCAAAUAAGAUAGAAUUGAGAGUUAGCCUCCGGCUUUUGGAUCACAUCAGACUGAUCGGCGCGCACCCCUCAACAAAUAUCCAUAGUGCCUUAGCGCCCUCUGCCGCAAUGGUUAGGAGCUACAGGAUAAUUUUCUUGAAUUGUCUGCAUAGGAUAGUGUUAGACAAUAUAGCCUUUAGAGAGUCAGACAUUAUGUACAGUACAAGUAUUACAAGAAGAAAUGCUCUGAUUUCUUAAUGGCCUUUUACAGAAGUAUUUUUGUACUUUACACACUUUACAUUCAUUGGCAGGCCUUGUGUUAUGGAAUCUCUGCAGCACAGGAGGUUGGUGACUCCUUAAUUGGGGAGGACGGGCUCGUGGUAAUGGCUGGGGCGGAAUAAGUGGAAUGGUAUCAAAUACACCAGAUACAUGGUUUCCACCUCCUGAGUGGCGCAGCUGUCUAAGGCACUGCAUCGCAGUGCUUGAGGCGUCACUACAGACCUGGGUUCGAUCUCAGGUUGUGUCACAGCCGGCCGUGACCGGGAGACCCAUGAGGGUUUGGCCGGCCGGGAUGUCCUUGUCCCAUCGCGCUCUAGUGACUCCUUGUGGCGGGCCGGGCGCCUGCAAGUUGACUUCGGUCGCCAGUUGUACGGUGUUUCCUCCGAUACAUUGGUGCGCCUGGCUUCUGGGUUAAGCAAGCAGUGUGUCAAGAAGCAGUGUGGCUUGGCAGGGUCGUGUUUCGGAGGACACGUGGCUCUCAACCUUCUCCUCUCCUGAGUCUGUACGGGAGUUGCAGCGAUGGGAAAAGACUAACUACCAAUUGGAAAUCACGAAAUUGGGGAGAAAAAGGGCUAAAAGUAAAAUAAAAUAAAAACAUUUUAAAAAAAACAUUGUUUCCAUGUGUUUGAUGCCAUUCCAUUCGUUCCAGACAUUAUUAUGAGCCGUCCUCCCCUCAGCAGCCUCCACUGUUGUCCAGUGUGUAUUGUACUGUAGAUUGUGUGAUGAUCGAUGUGCUAUGCACUCCCAUUGUGAUCAAAGUGUCUGAGUGGGACUGGGGUUUGACCCUGGGCUGUUCACUGUCUCUUAACCAUUUACUACUGAUUAAUAACAUGUUUCCCACAGACAGCAGGACACUUUACGGCCAGCUUGGAUUACAGCUGUCUGUGCACAUCAAUAGGAUCUGGCUGGAUCACUACCAUUACCUGUUUUUCUUAUCUGAUCUUGCCUUUGAUGUUAUUGGAAUGCGGCUCUGUUGCAGAAAAUACUGUAUAAUGGCCCACAUAAUUGCUGUGGGGUUUUUUUUUCUCUAAAAGAGGUAGUUAUUCUUUCAACAGAUCUCCCUCCCUUUCUUUGGCCUCAUUUUACUACAUUAAAUCGUGUCAUUUUAUCUAAUUAUUCCGUUUUUUUCUUCAUUUUUUACAAUACUGAAAUUAAUCUCAUUUUUGUUUCCAUGAAAGUAACAUAUCCUACCUCUCCUACCCUGCCUCUCUUUAGAAGAAAUCACCCCCUCCAUGAUGGCAGCAGCUCGUGGUUCCUCCAUGUCUCUGGCACUGGGGCAGCAGCAGGUGGCAGGGCUGGCGCGGGCUGCCACUCUGGAGCAGCUGAGGGAGAAGCUGGAGACUGGCGAGGGCCCAGAGAGGAAGAUGGCACGCCUGGCAGAGGAGCAGCAACGUUUGAUGCAGCAGGCAUUCCAACACAACCUGCUUGCCAUGGCCUCCCAGGUCCCCAUGAACCUGCGCCUGGGCUCCACCGCCACCGCUAGAGGUACCUGUCCAUACUGACUCCCCCUGGGCACUCUAUACAGUUACAUAUUAUAGUCAGUUUGUAUCCAACACAUACAGUACAUUAUAUACGUAUUAGAGACCGGAGUUAUGCCUGAUAUGCACUAGUAAUUAUUUUCUCAAUGAGACUCAUACAUUUAAGUACACUAGUGAUGCACAUUGAAGCUCCCUCAAUGCCUGACACUCUCUCUGAGCACCAUGAAAAAACACACGGACUACACCAGAUACCCUCACAGUUCUCCAGCUCCCAUUCCCUCAGCUCCCCCCUGAGAUAGAGGAGGAUUACAUUUAGAAGCCAUUAUAAAGGCAACGCAGCGGUCACUGCGCAAUAGCGAUAAAGGCUGUCAGGCCUCUCUGCAAGCUGACUCACUGACCUGUGCCUCUUCAGCUCAGCCUCUGGCUGUUUGUAUGUACACUACCGGUCAAAGGUUUUAGAACACCUACUCAUUCAAGGGUUUUUCUUAAUUUUAACUUUUUUUCUACAUUGUAGAAUAAUAGUGAAGAUAUCAAAACUAUGAAAUUACACAUAUGGAAUAAUGUAGUAACCAAAAAAGUGUUAAACAAAUCAAAAUAUAUUUUAUAUUUGAGAUUCUUAAAAUAGCCACCCUUUGCCAUGAUGACAGCUUAGCACACACUUGUCAUUUUCUCAACCAGCUUAACCUGGAAUGCUUUUCCAAAGCACCCCCACACCAUAACACCUCCUCCUCCAUAUUUUGCUGUGGGAGCUACACAUGCAGAGAUCAUCCGUUCACCCACACCGCGUCACACAAAGACACGGCGGUUGGAACCAAAAAUCUCCAAUUUGGACUCUAGACCAAAGGACACGUUUCCACCGGUCUAAUGUCCAUUGCUCGUGUUUCUUGGCCCAAGCAGGUCUCUUCUUAUUGGUGUCCUUUAGUAGUGGUUUCUUUGCAGCAAUUCGACCAUAAAGGCCUGAUUCACACAGUCCCCUCUGAACAGUUGAUGUUGAGAUGUGUCUGUUACUUGAACUCUGUGAAGCAUUUAUUUGGGCUGCAAUUUCUGAGGCUGGUAACUCUAAUGAACUUAUCCUCUUCAGCAGAGGUAACUCUGGGUCUUCCAUUCCUGUGGCGGUCCUCAUGAGAGCCAGUUUCAUCAUAGCGCUUGAUGGUUUUUGCGACUGCACUUGAAGAAACUUUCAAAGUUCUUGACAUUUUCCAUAUUGACUGACCUUCAUGUCUUAAAGUAAUGAUGGACUAUCGUUUCUCUUCGCUUAUUUGAGCUGUUCUUGCCAUAAUAUGGACUUGGUCUUUUACCAAAUAGGGCUAUCUUCUGUAUACCCCCCCCCCCCCUACCUUGUCACAACACAACUGAUUGGCUCAAACGCAUUAAGAAGGAAAUACAUUUCACAAAUUAACUUUUAAGAAGGAACACCUGUUAAUUGAAAUGCAUUCCAGGUGACUACCUCAUGAAGCUGGUUGAGAGAAUGCCAAGAGUGUGCAAAGCUGUCAUCAAGGCAAAGGGUGGCUACUUUUAAGAAUCUCAAAUAUAAAAUAUAUUUUGAUUUGUUUAACACUAUUUUGGUUUCUACAUGAUUACAUAUGUGUAAUUUCAUAGUUUUGAUGUCUUCACUAUUAUUCUACGAUGUAGAAAAUAGUAAAAAAUAAAGGAAAAAUACUUGAAUGAGUAGAUGUUCUAAAACUUCUGACUGGUAGUGUACGUCUUAACACAUGCUUUGUUUGGUUCCUUAAUGUUAUCACAUGCUGGUUAUUCCCCACGUGUCUCUCUCUCUCUCACACUCACACUCACACACACACAAGGUAGCGGUGCAGCCUGUGUGUGUGUGUGUGUUGAAUGUGUGUGUGAGAGUACAACAAUCAACACAUGACUACUACACAAUAAAAGCUUUGAGAGGGGAAGUGCAGAAUGUUUUCCUGGGUUUUCCUGGGGUCACUGUGACAUGAUUGUGUUUCUCUCUCCUCAGUGGGUUAUGCAGAUGUAUGCUGCAAGACACCCACAAGGAAAUGUGCGUGACACCCGAUUCUCACUUACUGCAUGUUACUGUACAGGAUCUGUGUAGAUAAGGAAGAGAGAGUACGUUCUUGGUGCUGAGAUAGUUUGAUCCUAGUUCCCAUGGUUCUGUGUCCUUUCCUUUUGGAGAUUUUAUUUUAUUUGUCAGAGGUUCUGGUUCUGCCCAUAGUGGUUUACACUUCCUCUUUCUCUCUCUUUCCAGAUGAGAAGCAGCAGGACAUGGCUCUGAGCAUCUCCACCAAUGGAUCUGCUAGCAUUAGUGUGUCUGUGGAGGUCAACGGCACACUCUAUUCAGGUGUGUGUGUGUGCGUGUAUAUACACUCAGAAAUAAACAGCUUUGGUUGUGUUGUUUAUCAUGCUGUAAUAUUUGUCCUCCUGUCCUGUAGGAAACCUGUUUGCACAGAAGUCAGGUGCCCCAGCGACUAGCGUGUCCACUGUGGCCCCAGUGCCCCCUGCUGGACCCAGCGCUGGGUUUGGGUUCGCCACCUCUGCCCACAGCCACAGUCCCAGCUCCUCCUCCUCUUCCAAGGGGCCUUGCUCGGCCGAGCCCUCCACCAGUGGUUCACCUUAG